CUCUAACAAUUGGGACUAAAAAGCUAGUGUUGUGUUCAUAGAGAAAAAAUAUUCAAAGGCAUGAACACGUUUAAGAAGUCAAAAUCUGACCACCAUUUGGCCUGCAGUUUUGCGCUCACAUAUCAAUUCUCCUCUCCUGUAAUUUAAUAAACUUUAUAAAUGUUCAAUAUUUCUAACAAAGUAGGUGGGUUUGCACUAUGAAAUUCUUGUUCUGUUGCUCAAGUUCCCUGACCUCUGCACCACAAAUUCCCAUCGAUAUAAGCAGGCACGGUGGACAAAAUCAUCAGAAUUUUCAUGUUUUCUCUUUUAAUGAGCUUAAAACUGCUUGCGAUGGCUUCUCUAGUUCGAACAAGAUUGGAGAGGGCGGGUUUGGUUCUGUAUACAAGGGCUGGCUUCAAGAUGGCACUGUUGUGGCUGUGAAAGUUCUUUCAAUUGAGCUUGAAUCGAUGAGAGGCGAAAGGGAAUUCAUUUCUGAACUGGCUGCUCUAUCAGAUAUCAAGCAUGAAAAUCUUGUUAAACUUAUCGGAUGUUGCAUUGAUGGAGCCAGUAGAUAUCUUGUUUAUGAUUACAUGGAGAAUAAUAGCCUUGCCCAUUCGCUGCUUGGUGGAGAGCAAAAUAGAACGAAAUUCAGUUGGGAAACCAGGCGGGAUAUUUCAUUAGGGGUUGCCAGAGGGCUUGCCUAUCUUCACGAGGAGAUUGAACCUCACAUUGUUCAUCGAGAUAUCAAAGCAAGCAAUAUACUGGUUGAUCAGAAUUUCAAAGCAAAAGUUUCUGAUUUUGGCCUAUCAAGGUUGUUAAGAGAUGGCAGCUCUCACAUUAGUACUCGUGUUGCUGGUACAUUAGGCUAUCUUGCUCCAGAAUAUGCCAUUAGUGGACACUUGUCAAGAAAAUCGGAUGUUUACAGUUUUGGAGUACUACUUCUGGAAAUCAUCAGUGGCCGGCAAGUUGUGGUUUUUGAUUUAGAACAAGGGGAACAUUACCUAGUCCAGAAGGCAUGGGAAACUUACAAUGCGGGCAACUGGGUGAGAUUAGUGGAUCCUACACUUAAGAUGAACUAUCCUGAAGAAGAAGUUUUUCGAUUCUUCAAGGUGGGACUGCUUUGCGUGCAGGAAAAUGUAAGGUUACGGCCGACAAUGUCAACAGCUUUCAAGAUGUUGAGCAAUGAAAUGGACAUUCAGGAUGUUCAAAUUUCACGGCCGGGGCUAGUUGCUGAUUUUAUGGAUAUAAAAGUGCGCCGAAAAAUCGUCUCCCAUAGCAUUUCUUCAUCAAACACAGGCAGCCUUCCAAACAGUACUAAACUUUUUGACUGAUAGUCCUCUGUAGCACACAAAAAGAAAAAGAAAAAUGUGUUAAAAUUGCAGAGUCAAACUUUUGUAUUCACAAAGAAGAAAAUUGGAAUUGAAUAGUCUUGUAGAUAUAAGAAUGAUUGUGUCUGGGAA